UCCCGAUAUUGCAUUGGAUACAUCUUAUUCCACAUCCAAUAUCGACUGAGGAUAUCCUAUAAUGCCGCCAAAACGACGCAGCUCGGGCAUUGCGCCCGGGUCAAACCAAUCAACCCUUGCAUUCCACGGGGCGUCGAACAAAGUCACCAAGGCCGGAACGAGAGUGCAGAACGCGAAGAACAACCUUGUGUCUGAGCCGGCUACGAAAGGGUCCAAGGAUGACAUCGUUGAUGUCGACACCACGGCCGACAGCGAACCGGCAACCGCCGAAGCUGCCAUCAUCGAGCAGGCGGAGCAGGAAGUCGUCGCCCACCAGGCCAGCAGUACACCAGAGGAGGAUGAAGCAAGGAGAAUAUCCGAGAAAAGGAUCCAGAAGUACUGGAAGGAUAAGGAGGCUGCGCGGAAGGCGCCGAGGGUCCACCAGGAGGAUCUAAGCUUGCACGAAAAGGUGCUUCGGGAGUGGGACAUGAGCGGGCAGUACGGGCCCAGCACCGGCAUCGCACGAAUUAAACGGUGGAAGCGUGCACACAAACUCAACCUCAAUCCACCCAUCGAGGUGCUAGCAGUUCUGCUGAAAGAGCAGGAGGGGAGUGACCAGCUCUCAGUGCAAAGGUCGCAUGUGGACGUGCUGCUAAAAUCUCGUGCAGAGGAAGUGUAGAGGAGAACGGGAAAUCUGGAAUCGGACUCUUGUGCAUGGCGUUUGGAGUGUCCUGGAACAAUACCGCUGGUUUCAAAUUUUUCUCGGGGAUUUUCGUUAUCUGCCCAUAGUCGGCAGGGAAGC